AUGCCAAAAAUUGAAGAAAUUAAAAUUCUGCUUCAAAACAAACAAGAUCUUAAUAUCUUAGGGCUUUGUGAAACCUUUUUGAAUGAUAACAUUAGUGAUUCUGAGUUGAAUAUUGAUGGCUUUGAAAUGGAAAGGAAGGAUCGCAUUCUGAGGGCAGGUGGUGGAAUUGUAGUAUAUAUCUCCGAUAAUAUACGAUACAAACGUAGAACUGAUUUUGAAAUUGGUGAUAUUGAAACAAUCUGGCUAGAAUUAAAUUCAAAGAAUUCUAAACCAGUUUAUUAUUGUUCAGCGUAUCGUCCACCAUCUGCUCCCUCCUGCUGGGCGGAGGACCUGGCUAGAGAAAUUAACUGUGCCUCCUGCUGUGACGAUGCAGAAAUUAUCUUAACAGGUGACUUUAAUGUAGACUUAUUCAAAGAACCCCCACAAAGUUGGACAUAUGCUUUAGAAGAAUUUUAUUUUUCACAAUUAAUUACAGCAGCAACCAGAGUAACUAAUACUUCAAGUACACUAAUAGAUCACUUUUACACCAAUAAACCAGAUAACAUGUGUGAAGUAAAUGUACCUUUUAUAGCCAUCUCUGACCACUACCCAAUAUGUGCCACUAGAAAAACAAAAUGCAUGCAACAAAAAGGAAAACACGUAGAAAUAGAGUACAGAGACUUCAAAAAGUUCGAUGAAAAUAAAUUCCUUCACGACUUAAAAGAUGUAGACUUUAACAAUCUCCUCCAGAUGCAUGACCCUAAUGAAAUACUAACUGAAUUCUAUGAUUUAUUUAAUAGUAUACUUGACCAGCAUGCAAAGGUUAAAACAAAACGCGUAAAGAGCGAAAUCCGCCCUAAAUGGAUGACACAAGAAAUAAACAAUGCUAGAAAUUUAAGGGACUCUUACCAUAAAGAAGGAGAUAUGGAGAACUAUAGAAUUUAUCGAAACAAAGUUAGUCUUCUUAUAGACAAAUCAAAAUCGUCUUACUAUAAAACAACUAUUGAACAAAGUUCAAAUCCCAAAGAAAUGUGGAACUAUCUUAAUCAAUUAACAUGUAAUUCAAAGAACAUAACACCAUCUCAUGUGUUUUCUAAUGGGGAAAUUGUUGAUAAUUUACAGGAUAUUGCAAAUACUUUUAAUAACCACUUUACGGAUAUCUCUAAUAAGCUUCUGAUGAAAUUGCCUAAACAUGAUUAUGAUCCUAAUAUAUUAUGUAAUUUUGUAAGGUCUAAGCUUGAUGAAGAAACCAUCUUUAGUAUUCAUCAAAUUGAGGAAAGUGAAGUUUUUAACAUGCUAAAUUCUCUAAAUAUCAAUAAAUCAGCUGGCAUUGACUUUAUUGGGCCGCGUCUUCUAAAAGUCGCAUCCAAAUAUAUAUGUAAACCUAUAACUCAUCUUAUUAAUGCUAGCAUAGUAAGUGGUAUUUUCCCGACAAAUUUAAAACAAGCCAAAGUAACACCUAUAUUUAAGAAAGGUGACAAAGCUGACCCAAAUAAUUAUCGUCCCAUUUCUAUUUUACCAACUAUAUCUAAACUGAUAGAAAAACAUGUAGCUAAGCUAAUACAAAACUUCACAAAUGAAUUUGAUCUACUAACACAAUCCCAGUCGGGAUUUAGGGAACUCCAUUCUUGUCAAACUUCACUUACAAAACUAACAGAAAGUUGGCUUAAUGCAAUGGAUCGUGGUGAACUAAUCGGCAUUACAUUUAUAGAUUUUAGUAAAGCUUUUGAUUUGGUGAAUCACGAUAUUCUUCUAGAGAAAUUAAAUCAUUACAAAUUUGACCAAACAGCUAUAAAAUGGUUUAAGUCAUAUCUUUACGACAGGACCCAGUGUGUUAAAUUUGGAACAUGUGUCUCCAAUAUUCAACCUGUCACAGCAGGAGUGCCACAAGAGUCAAUUCUGGGCCUUCUUUUAUUUUUAUUGAUUAAGAAAUUUCUCCCUCUUCAUACCAGGAAACUUUAUUACAACGCUUAUAUUUUACCAUCUAUUAACUAUUGUUUGACUGUUUGGGGUAAUGCCCCCAAGCAGGACAUGGACAGACUAUUUAAAUUACAGAAAAGGGCAGCAAGGAUUAUCCUUGAUGCAAGUCCUGAUUCUUCUUCUAAACCACUGUUUGAGAAACUUGGGUG